AUGACCAACCCAUUCCAAGCCCAACGCGACGCCGCCAGGCAGCUACUCGGAAAGAAAACCGAAUGGAACAGCAUGCAAGCCAUCUUUAAACUUCCCCUAGAACUCUCCUGGGAGCUAGCCCAGUUCUUCUACGGCGAUGGUGAAUACCAAGUCGACACACUCUUCAACCGCUUCGCACGACCUCGCGAUAACGCUCCUCCGCUGUCCCUUCGCGGGGUUUCGACGGGAUUGCGCUACAUUGUCGACUCGCUUCCUCACCUUUGGACUUCGGUCUCAGGAACUCAGUACGGCCAAUGCGUCCCCCACCCCGACCUUAUCAGAGCAUGGAUUGAACGCGCCGGAGACCGACCAUUGAACCUGCAUAUCUCCCCUCCACUCGUCGAGUGUGCCCACGCAACGACAGUGGAGUGCGAUCGGGAUGAGUUCACAGAAGAGAACCUGGAGAUAUUCAUGGAACAUAUCACGCGGUGGGAAGGUAUCGCAUUUCAAUUCAACGACGAAUUAUGUGCUUUAUACCUGGAGAUUUUGGAGGAAACCACCGAGAGACCGAAGCGGCUGAAGAAACUCGAGCUCGACGCCUUUGAAUGCACCGACCUAGUAGAACAGACGUCGCAGUUGUUCCUAUCGAUCGAAGGGAUUGGUGGAAGCGUUGAGGAGCUCUCGUGGGCUGGUCCACCGGGCUUUGUUCCUCGAGCGUCCAGCAGGUUAUGCCUCCCGAAUCUGACAGCGUUGCAUAUCGCAGCAUGUUCAGUCGAGGUUGUAGUGGGCUGCCUGGCUGCCAUCGAUGCACCACAAUUGCGAGAGCUGUACAUCGACUUUGUGGAUAUGACUGUACCGCAGUGGGAGGGAGAAGCAGCAGAAUUAGUGCGGGGGUUAAAGGAGUUGGUGCGAAUGCCGGAUGGGAUUGCGUUUCAAAACGAGAGUGACAGUGUGGAGAGACUGGGGCCUCUGAUCACGGAGCUGGGCCAAGCUGGUGUUAGAUAUGUUAGGGUGUGUGCAGGAGAGGACUACGUAGGAGCAUUGCCUCGAGUUACCCGCGUCUAUUCGGACUCGGAAGGCGUCUGCUUGGAACUAGCCCCAAAGCCCGCAUCCAUAACUAGUUUUGAGUCAACAACAACAUUUCUCUGCAAUUCAUCCUUCUUCGAUCCCCCAUCUCCACAAUGCCUCCAACCGGCGUCGUCGAUGCUUUCAAGACCUCGUCAGCAUCAGCCUCAAGGCCACAACGGCCCCGCCCCUGCCCAGGCGAGCAAACGCCACAAUGAGCAACCCACAGCACAGGCUGCUCAGCCCCACGAAAAGUCGCCACCCCCACGAGAAGCAGCUGAAAUGAUCGUCAACCAGGAACGCGCUGAAAAGUCAAAGAUGCCAACUUACAAAGGCCUUGAGAGCUAUACUUUGCUCGAGAAGAUGGGAGAUGGAGCAUUCUCUAAUGUCUACAAGGCUGUGGAGCACUCGACCAACCGCAAAGUUGCUGUCAAGGUCGUCCGUAAAUACGAACUCAAUGCGUCACAGCGGGCGAAUAUUCUCAAAGAGGUGCAGAUCAUGCGGGGCAUUCAGCAUCCCUCGAUCGUGAAGCUUUACUCCUUUUCAGAAUCGCCGGAGCAUUACUUCCUUGUGCUUGAGUACUCGGCUCAUCCAUGCGCUACAGUAAUGGAGGGUGGAGAACUAUUCCAUCAAAUCGUCAAGCUCACCUACUUCAGUGAAAACCUCUCGCGUCAUGUUAUCCUCCAAGUCGCUCAUGGCAUACGACAUCUCCAUGAAGAACGGGGUGUCGUCCAUCGCGAUAUCAAACCUGAAAACUUGCUAUUCGAGCGCAUAGACAUCAUCCCUUCCAAGAACCCAAUAAAGCGACCGUACGAUGAAGAGAAGGAAGACGAAGGCGAGUUCAUACCCGGCGUUGGAGGAGGCGGUAUUGGUCGCGUCAAGAUCGCCGACUUUGGUCUUAGUAAGGUGGUCUGGGAUGAGCAGACGAUGACACCCUGUGGUACCGUUGGUUACACCGCACCGGAGAUCGUCAAGGAUGAGCGAUACAGCAAGAGUGUAGAUAUGUGGGCUCUUGGCUGUGUCCUCUACACCCUUCUUUGUGGAUUCCCUCCAUUCUACGAUGAGAGUAUCAAUGUUCUCACUGAGAAGGUGGCACGGGGAUACUAUACCUUCCUCAGCCCUUGGUGGGACGAUAUCAGCGAGAGCGCAAAGGACCUCAUCAAGCAUCUUCUUUGCGUCGAUCCAGCCCAGAGGUAUACUAUCGACGAAUUCCUCGCACACCCUUGGUGCAACGCGGCGCCUGCUCCUCCGCCUCCCCCCACCCCUCUUGUUUACAGCGACAAAUUCUCCAUAUCGGCGGCUGGCGGCCGACCUAUUGAUUCACCCCUUCUUUCCGCACCCCGGGGUAACUGGGAGGGUCGAAGUCCGGGUCUAGCCACCUUGAAGGAGGCCUUUGACAUUACCUACGCUGUGCAUCGCAUGGAAGAGGAAGGAGCCAGGCGACGCAAGUACGGUAGAGGGACCCGGGGCUUCCUUAGCGAGCUUAACGAAGAUGACGAGAUGGACGAUGAUGAGGACGAUGACAUCACCGAUGAAAACGAUGUUCGCAGGCACCCAGGACAGCAGCAGCAGCAACCACGUCACCCUCAAGGCCAAGCUCCGCAAAAUACGUCGCUAAUGGAAGGCCGCGCAGGACCAAGGGAUCAAGGGAACCGAGAGUGGCAUCACGCACAGUCGCAGGGAGUUGGGAGGACGAGCGGGCCGAGCGCUUCGGUUGCUAGAACGGGUGCGAACAGGGCGAGGGGACACAAAGGUCGACAGUUUGAACUGGAUCUGGACGGUGCGACUCUAUUGGAGAGGAGGCAGCGACGGGCAGCAGCAAAGAAGGAUUAUCCGGGUAGCCCAUUGCGGAUGGAAGGACUCAGGGUGGACGAUCGUCCAUCUGUGACGGCCCUUUAG